AUGUAUGGGGUGGAUAAUUCUAGCCAGACUUUAAUCCAACUUGGCAACCCAGCAAUUUACCUUGACCUACAGGUCAGAGAUUUUUUCCUGGCCACCAACCUGCUCGUAUGCGGCACGGCGGGUCUCUUCGGCAUCGUCGGCAACGUCAUCAACAUCAUCGUCUUUUACAAGCAGGGCUACACCGACAGCGUCAACAUCACAUUAACAGCCCUUGCUCUCAGCGACAUGGGGGCGCUGCUCACGCUACAGCUGAUCAACUUCCUGACCAACCCCUGGAUCCUACACGCUGACAUCGACACGUACCCCAUCGACCUGUGCAUGAUGAUCGCAUUCUACCCACACAACUAUUUCAUACGGGUCUGCGGGUUCGUCACGUCGUUCGCGUCCUUUGAGAGGUGUAUCUGUGUGGUCAGCCCGCUGAAAGUCAGAAACAUCAUCACGCCAAAGAGAGCGCUGGUCGUCAAUGUCCUGAUAUUCAGCAUCACAACUCUCGCCCUGUUCCCGCCCUACUACAUCGGGUACCUGGACUGGACGUACAUCCCAGCCUUCAACAGGACGAAAUUAACCGUCAUUUACCGACAAAACCCGUACACAAUUUUUGACGUGUCGUACAUAGUCACGGACCUUGUAGCGCCGUACACGACCUUCUUUAUACUCAUCACCAGCACCAGCAUCAUCGCCAUCAAGCUGCAGGGCCAGGCCAAGUGGAGGACGUCGACGGUCAAGUCUGGCACCAAGAUCUCGACCAAAGAGAAAAAAACGGUCGUUAUGUUAUCGACCAUCUCCAUUAUGUUCGUCGUAUGUCUCAUCCCCCAGUCGACCGUCUUGACGGCCAUGAGUUUCGUCCAGGAUCUGAGCUACGGCGGCAAGUAUUUUGACGUCACUAUGCUGGGCUACUGCGUGUCGUACUUCUCUGAGACUAUCCUGUCCAGCGUCAACAUCUUCAUCUACCUUAGGAUGAGCCACAAGUACAGGGAGAGCUUCAAUAACGUCUUUAAGAUGGGUGCAAUCUAG